AUGGACCUAACACGGAACUACGGAAUACAAUUCUAUGAGUUGACGACGUCUGAUGGAUACGUGUUGAAUAUGGAAAUGUAUAGUGGACACAGCAGCAACCAUGCUAACGAUAACAGCAAAACAGAAAAAGAAAACGAUGGCCAUUUUACUUUAAGAGGAAAACUGAAGACGCAUACUAAUGGUACCCUCAGGUCUAAUCGUCGAGGUAAUCCAAAGGUUCUAGUAAAGCAAAAACUGAAGCUCGGUGAACAUUUUUGGAUGAGAAAAAAGCGAGUGUAUUUGGCCAAAUGGAAAGACAAACGAGAUGUUCUAGUGAUUACCACCAAAAAUCAUCCACGUAUGAUCACAGUAAGGAAUAGGUAUGGGAAAGAAGAAAAUAAGCCAGAAGAAGUAGUCAUAUAUAACGUACACAUGUCAGAAGUGGACUUUCUUGCAGCCGAAAUAGAAAAAGGAAAAGAACACUGUACCGCUGAAAAUGACUUCGCUGAGAGUACACCAGGCACAUCUCAAUCAGAUAUAGAGCCUCCUAGUCUAGACAACGUUCCACCUGGGCCAUGUGAAUCUGAAAGUGAUGACGACGAAACAGAGCUGGUGUUAGCAGAUGAUGACUUAGAUAUGGAUGAUAUGCCUGGACAAAAGAAACCAGAUGAUUUAGAUGCGGAAUGCAUCUUUUGUGAAAGCAGAUUUUCCGAAGACCGCAAAGGAGAACUGUGGGUUCAAUGUUUAAUGUACAAUAUGUGGUGUCAUGUCGAUUGUGCAGGUGCUGAUAAGGAUGAUUAUGCGAUUUUUCCCAUGUCCUCGCAGAUGAUACGUAAAAAAUGUUCUGCUGCACCUUUCUGGCGCUGUGAAUCUGAGAGAAAAAAAAACAAUACUUUAAAUAUGCAAAUGAGAUACAGUCUGUCUUGUGCCAUCAUCGCUACCCACAGUUUGAGAUCCUCCGGAAACAAUUGUGUAGUUAAAAUGCCUACCGAAUAUAAACGCAAAGGUAGUGUUUGUCGAGGGAAAUGGUCAGAACAAGAUUUACAACAAGCUAUAGAGGCUGUACAAGAAGGUAGAGUAGGUGUUCGAGAAGCCGUUCGUUCCUUUGGUGUGCCAAACACAACACUUCGACGACGCUUGAGAAGUGGCAAUCAUAGAAAGCUUCCGUUGGGACCAGUAUCUACUUUAGGACAAGAAAACGAAAUUAAAUUGGUCAAUCAUAUUAAAAAACUACAAAAGUUUGGAUUUUCGCCAUCACGAACAACUGUACGCUCUAUGGCAUUUGAAUUAGCCCAGAAAUUAAAUCUCCCACAUAAAUUCAAUAUUGAAAGACGUUGUGACAUCUUAUUUUAA